GGAGCGCAGUAGUUAACUUCCGGAACGUCACUAAUGACACGUAUUCAAAAUGGCGGCCGAGGCUAAGGAGACGUGGGGGGCCUUGCUGCUGUUGGCCUUGUUUCCUGUGGUCCAGUCCUUCUACGUUCCUGGAGUUGCUCCUCAGGACUUCCAUGCGGGUGAUCAAGUGGAAAUUAAGGCGGUGAAGCUGACCAGCUCCCGGACACAGCUUCCAUACGAAUACUAUUCCCUGCCUUUCUGUAAGCCUGCCUCUGUUUUAUACAAGGCUGAAAACUUGGGUGAGGUCUUGCGUGGAGAUCGUAUUGUGAAUACAUUUUACGAUGUAAAGAUGACUGAGGACAAGAAAUGUGAGCUGGUUUGUGGCAAGAAGAAGCUCAGCAUGGAGGAGAGUAAACUGAUGGCUGAACGAAUCCAGGAGGAGUAUUACGUUCAUCUUAUUGCAGACAACCUUCCAGUUGCCACGAGGUUGGAGUUUUACCCCAACAGAGAAGCUGCAGGGGAUGAAGAGCAGAAGAAGGUGGCAGAUAAAGAUGUCCAGUUUGAACAUGGCUACAGACUUGGCUUCGUUGACAACAACAAGUUUUACCUACACAACCACUUGUCCUUUAUCCUGUACUUUCACAAGGAGAAAGUAGAAGAGGGAGAGACUCACAACUACAGAGUGGUGCGUUUUGAGGUUGUACCCCAGAGUGUCAAAGUGGAAGAUCUGAAGGCUGUUGAUACAGAGAAAAGCUGCACUUUGCCUGAAGCCAGUGGUUCCGCCCCACAAGAGAUUGACCCGGCAAAAGAUAACGAGAUUCUGUUCACCUAUUCUGUCACCUGGAAGGAGAGCGAGGUGAAGUGGGCGUCUCGCUGGGAUACGUACCUGACCAUGAGCGACGUCCAAAUUCACUGGUUCUCCAUCGUCAACUCUGUGGUGGUUGUCUUCUUCCUGUCCGGGAUUCUGAGUAUGAUCAUCAUUAGAACCUUGCGGAAGGACAUUGCUAACUACAACAGGGAGGACGACAUUGAGGACACCAUGGAGGAGUCGGGAUGGAAGAAUGUCCACGGCGAUGUCUUCAGACCGCCUCAGUACCCCAUGAUCCUCAGCUCUCUGCUGGGCUCAGGGAUCCAGCUUUUCUGCAUGAUCCUCAUCGUCAUCUUUGUUGCCAUGUUGGGCAUGUUGUCCCCAUCUAGCAGAGGAGCCUUGAUGACUACUUCCUGUUUCCUCUUCAUGUUUAUGGGUGUAUUUGGAGGUUUUUUUGCUGGCAGACUGUACCGCACGCUAAAGGGCCAUCGGUGGAGGAAAGGAGCAUUUUGUACGGCCACUUUGUAUCCUGGCGUGGUGUUUGGAAUCUGCUUCGUUCUCAACUGUUUCAUUUGGGGCGAACACUCGUCAGGAGCGGUUCCCUUCACCACCAUGCUGGCCCUGCUGUGCAUGUGGUUCGGCAUCUCCAUGCCUUUGGUCUACCUGGGUUAUUACUUUGGCUUCCGCAAACAGCCGUAUGAUAACCCGGUGCGCACCAACCAGAUUCCCCGACAGGUCCCAGAGCAGCGCUGGUACAUGAACAAGUUCGUAGGAAUCCUCAUGGCUGGGAUCUUACCGUUUGGUGCCAUGUUCAUUGAACUCUUCUUUAUUUUCAGUGCCAUCUGGGAGAAUCAGUUUUAUUACCUCUUUGGCUUUCUGUUCCUGGUUUUCAUCAUCCUGGUGGUGUCCUGCUCCCAGAUCAGCAUUGUGAUGGUUUAUUUCCAGCUGUGUGCAGAGGACUAUCGAUGGUGGUGGAGAACCUUCCUGGUGUCUGGAGGCUCUGCUUUCUAUGUCCUUAUUUACGCCGUCUUCUACUUUGUCAACAAGCUGGACAUCGUGGAGUUCAUCCCCUCCCUGUUGUACUUUGGUUACACCACCCUGAUGGUGUUGUCCUUCUGGCUGCUAACAGGCACGAUCGGUUUUUACGCCGCCUACAUGUUCAUCAGGAAAAUCUACGCUGCAGUCAAGAUCGACUGAUUCCUCGGCGCCGCUGCUAUUCUUCUAGUUUUUGCUUUAUUUUUUCUCACAUUCAAUUUUUUUGUUUUUUUUUAUCUUUUUGUCCAACAAGCACUGACUUGUGUACAGGACCAGUGGUUUAUUGUGAUGCACAGCCCCAUCUGCUGGCCACAUGGUGGAACAACAGCAAAACAGCAGCUCCAUUUCCUUCCUUCCUCCGUGUCAGGACAGACUGAGAGGAAGUCCUCCUCUGCUGGGACAAUUUAUGUCUCCCGUCGCCUCUCCCUGCACACAAACACUGCGGGCCAAAGCUUGUUAGACAAUUAUUUUGUCACUUUUUUUCCUUUUUCAAUUUAUUUCUAACUUAAAGUUUUCGUUUUGGCCAUCAUAAGAUUGAUAUGGGACUUUGUUUUUCUUUUAAUUGUCUCCUGAGAUGCUAUUUUCCUGUGAUUUCCUCACAGUAACGGCAUCUUAUCGUCACUGAUUCUGCUGUCAGAGGGCACUUUGGUUUCAGUUCAGAGACUUUAUGGAUCCGGGUUGUGGUGUUUGUUUAACCGAUGGGAAUUAUGCUGGGCUCUUUUACAUUGUAAUACAAGAAGAGGAUCAAUUAAAUAUUCUAUUACUUUUUUACUUCAGUUUCUGUGUUCAGUUGAAACCAAGUUACAACAAUAACGUUCUGCCAAAAACAAUGGAUCUCAGCAUACUGGCCCGUUUAUUCUAAAUAUUGCAGAACAUCUCCUGAUCUGACUGAAAUAAAACAUUUGGACUGAAGAGCAUCAUCGCCGGCAUGGACCCAGUUGGAGCAGACGGCGUGGGGGAGAAACUGUUUGCAGAACUUACACAUGUAUCUUUUACAGCGGCAGCAGUGUAGCCUUAGCAGAGCCCACAGAACUAUGCAGUAAUGGAAAGAGUGUAACAUUUGAAGCUAAUAUCAAAGGACCGUGUUUGUUUGAAAGAAAUCACAGUAAACCAUAAAGUUGAAAUCUAGAGUUUGUGUACUUUUUGCCUAAGAACCAGUGCUGUAUUAGUGGCCAUGCCUGGAAAUGUUCUCUGGGCCGUUUUCACACAUUUCUGCUGAACAUUCUCUGACUUAAAAACACAUCAGGGGAUGCAAAUCCAGCUUCUGUUGACACGUUAUGUCAGAUAAAUUCUUCUGAAACGUAACUUCUGUCAUCCGGGUCUUGUUCCACAAUCUUCCAGAAGGCUUGGUUGGAAUGUGGCUGGAAAGCCUUGAGGUUUGGAGCAGUUUAAAAUGUUCUGUGCCUGCAUGACGUCUCUAGAGCUCAGGAUGGCGCUACGUGUGUGAAAAUGGCUUUUGGCUGUAACCCAAUGCUCUUAAACCUGUACAGUCACAGUUGCUCUAUCAGCUGAUUUUACAGAUCGAACAUCUCAUGUCAAGUUGCAUUUUCCUCUGUGAUAUAUUAAAUAUUAUUAUUUUAGGAUAUCAGAAAAUUGGUUAAGUAAAGGGCUCCCCAAAGAUGAUCCAUAGUGUUUUAUAGUAGCAAAAGCAUGGAGAUGUGUACAUCUUUGCUCAAUGGGCACAAACCAGAGGAGGAAGUUGACUGAUGGCAAGGUUCUGUCCAGAAGUAACAACCUUUUAAUUUUCAGCACGUUGUUACAGGAAAUAUAACUCCUUAGAAUAAUUUAGUGUUUCAAAUCUGCUCUAAUCCUAUAAAUCUAAGACGAGGCUUUGGGGUUGAAGAAGACUGAAUCAUCAUUCAGUCAUUAGAAACGCACUGAAGCGCCGACGUUCUGUACCGCUGAGACAAAUCACCUCUCUUAACGGCAGCUUCCUCUUUGAAAAACUUUUAGCGAGUUUUGUUUUCUAACUUCCUGAAAUCUGACUCGGGCUUCUCAGCAGAGUCGGGCUGACGGACUGCAUGUCGCAGAGCGGGUAAACCUGUCCGAGCCCCUAAACAAAUAAGGCAGUAACAUUUGCCUCGUACGUUUUGAGAUUCAAAUCAAAUGCUGUACUUGUUUUGUUUUUGGGUUGGAUUGGGUGGGGGUGGGGGGGACUUGCAUAGAGUACAGAUCUUUGGAGGAAAACUAGUUUGUUGGUCCUCAUUAAUAUCACACCACCCAACUGUAUGUUUGAGUGCAAACAAGUUCCUAGAAGGGAGCAAGUAGAGCCUGGAUCAGUUUUCUGCAGCUUGGUGAACUCUUAUUGAUUUAAUUUCCUUCUUCUGGCUAUGGAACCUUCUCAAACCUUCGGAGUCCUCGUUGCUUUCUGCCUGAAGGCAGAGAGCCGCCUCUCCUGCUGCUGCGGCGCACACGCCAGGAGAGAUUUUUUUUUUAAACAGACUCAGGAGGCCUGAGUCCUGUGUGUGAACAGACGCAUGGACCAGGGUUUCCAGUGUAAAUAAGAGCUUUGUAUUUGUUACAUUUGGCUGUUUGUGGCGCUCUGUAAUGAUUGCUGUCAUUGUUUUAGCCAAAAGCAUGACGCUCUUGAUGACUUAGAGCAGCGGUCCUCAAGUCCGGUCCUCGAGGGUCAGCGUCCUGCAACUUUUGUUACUCUGCUUCAGCUCGCCUGAAUCAAAUAAUGAGGCCAUCAGCAGGACUUCUGACUACUGAGCCAUUUGACUCGGGUGUGCUGGACCUGAGACGCAUCUAAAAGCUGCAGGACACCUGCCCUCCAGGACCCCAAUUGAGGACCACUGAGUUAGAGCAAUGUUUGUUUUUGUUUUUUUAAAACUUUUUUUUUGUUCCUUUUACAAAUUGUCUAAAUGUACAAUGACAAAACAAUAAAGUGAUGACGAGUUGAAUAUGAAAA